AUGGCUGUCCCUCUCCCGCCGCAAUGGGUUGUCGACCUGAACGCUCCCCCAACCGCCAAACCAAAGACGUCGAGCAUUCCCGACCCGCCAGGCUACACUGCGCCAACCACCGUCUCGAACAGCAAGUCAAAGUCAUCAAAGAAUGCCGUCGCCCAGACCUCCGCUCGCAAAGCUCCUAGUACUGAAGAGAUGGAUACUUUGAAGCUCAAGAAGGCUUGGGAGGUGGCUAUCGCUCCAGCCAAGCAGUUGCCCAUGAACGCUUUCGGCAUGUACAUGUCUGGCAACAGUCUCCAGAUCUUCAGUAUCAUGAUGGUCUUCAUGUUGUUCAAGGGCCCCAUCCAAGCCCUCAUCAACAUCCAGAACGUCUUUGCUCGUUUCGAGACCGAAGGCACCCGCGAUCGCCUGAUCAUGGUCAAGCUUGCUUACGUCGCAUGCAACUUUCUGGCUCUGGCCCUUGGUAUCUGGAAAGUCAAUGGCAUGGGUCUGUUGCCAACCACCCGAUCUGACUGGCUCGCUUGGGAAACUGCUAGGGAGCCUAUUGCAAGAGCCUACCCAAGUUCUUUAUUAUGA